GUCAUGUAUGUAGACCCAUAGGCCAUGUUGGAUUUUCCCGCGCUAUUAGUAAUAGAAUAGAGAGAAGAAACUUAGGCAUCUCUUUUUCUCCCCCCAAAAAGACGCUUCCGUUGUUAGAGAUAGAAAUAGAGAGAGAGAGAGAGAGGUCGGCGAGGGGAAAAGGGAAGAAAUUUCGGGAGCGAAACGGUCGUUUCUUUGCCGGAUGUUGUGAAUCGGCGUCGGAGGGCUGCCGUUGUUUCUGUGCGAUUUCGGAGCUAGGGUUUUGUUGCGGAUGGAUCUGGAAAUCAGCUGAGAUUUUUGAAGGCAUUCUUGAUUCUGGAGAUCUGCAGCCGACCGACAACCCGCUUUCUAAAUGAGUCCACCAGCUUCAGAUAUGGAAGAUACAUCGUCUUCAACUGCAAUGUCCAUUGAUCCUCAGAGGAAUGGAGGGGAAACUGAUGCCGUUGAAGGCCGGUUCAUGUCGCUAUGCAAGAGUGUACUAUCAUUGGAGGAGAAUGCUUAUUCGGAGGCCAUUAAGCUUUUCAAAGAGACAAAGCAUCUCAUGUCGUCUACUACUUCAGCGGUUGGAAGCGGAACGCCUGAAGAAUUAGAAAGAUUUUUGUCUGCAUUUGUACUGUACUCUGUCAAGAGGUUGUCGAAGUCUAUUGGAGAUAAGGAGCACCGCCAGUGCCAUGACAGUGGAUUGACUUUGUGCCGGAUAUUGAGAUCCGUGAAGCUGAACUUUCUGGAAUUCUUCAAAGAACUGCCUCAAUUUGUCGUGAAAGCUGGCCCUGUGCUGUGUAAUAUCUAUGGUGCGGACUGGGAGAAGAGACUCGAGGCAAAGGAGUCCCAAGCCAAUUUUGUCAACAUAAGCACUUUAAGCAGGCAUUACAAGCGUGCGUAUCAGGAACUUUUUUUGCUAAAUGAUACAAAUGGCGGCGACAAGGAACCAGCAGUUUCCAGUGCCGUGGCAUUUUCCUCAGACUAUUAUCGUUUUGGAUGGUUGCUAUUUCUGUCCCUCCGAGUGCAUGCACUGGGUCAUGUUAAGGAUCUAGUGACUUCCAUAAAUGGAUUGAUCUCUGUGCUGGCUAUUUUGAUUAUCCAUCUCCCGGUUCAGUUCAGGAAGUUGAGCUUGAAGGAUGAAGGGUGGUUUGCUAAGAGAGGCGUCAAGGGCGUUCAUUUGCUUGCAUCCCUCUGCCAGAAGUAUGAGACAUCGGAGGAUGACCUUAAGCAAAUGAUGGAGAAGACCAAUAAUUUAAUAGUAGAGAUCUUGAAGGGAAAACCUCAGGUGGCCUCUGAGUGUGAAAUUGAAAGCCUGUUAGAUAUAGAUACAGAAGGUUUGAUAUAUUAUGAAGGUUUGAUGGAGGAAUCAUCUCUGAAAACAAGUUUGAAUGCAUUGGAGAAGGAUUAUGGAGAGGCACUCUAUCAGAAUGGUGAUCUGGAUGAGAGAAUUUUCAUCAAUGAGGAUGAUAGCUUACUUGGUUCAGGAUGCGUAUCUGGUGGUACCAACAAUAAUUUAUUGGGAACUAAGAGAAAAUUUGAUUCAAUAUCCUCACCAGCAAGAACGAUGACAAGUCCACUUUCUCCUUUCCGUUCGCCUGCACCUGGAAGUCUUUAUGGUGCAGUCUCUAGGAUGGCUCCAACACCUGUAACCACAGCAAUGACAACAGCAAAAUGGCUCAGAACUGUAGUAUCUCCAUUGGCACCUAAGCCAUCGCCUAUUUUGGGGCGCUUCCUCGCAUCAUGUGAUAGGGAUGUGACAGAUGAGGUGGUUCGAAGAGCACUGAUAAUAUUAGAAGCUAUAUUCCCAAGUAGUGCUCUGGGAGAGCGUUGUUUGACUGGAAAUCUUCAGACUACUAAUCUCAUGGACAACAUAUGGGCAGAGCAAAGAAGAUUAGAAGCUCUCAAACUAUAUUACAGGGUUUUGGAGGCAAUGUGCACUGCAGAGGCCCAGAUAUUACAUGUUGCUAAUCUGACAUCAUUGUUGACCAAUGAAAGGUUUCACAGAUGCAUGCUUGCAUGCUCUGCUGAACUAGUUUUGGCGACACAUAAGACUGUUACGAUGUUGUUUCCUGCUGUGCUUGAGAGAACUGGCAUUACUGCUUUUGAUCUCAGCAAGGUGAUAGAAAGUUUCAUUAGGCAUGAAGAGUCUCUUCCUAGGGAAUUGAGGCGGCAUUUAAAUUCCUUGGAAGAACGACUUCUGGAGAGUAUGGUCUGGGAAAAGGGUUCUUCAUUGUACAAUUCUCUGACAGUUGCAAGACCUGGACUUUCUGCUGAUAUCAGUCGCCUUGGGCUACUGGCAGAGCCCAUGCCAUCUCUGGAUGCGAUUGCCAUCCAUAUGAACAUUUCUUCAGCAGGCCUGCCGCCCAUUCCUUCUAUGCAGAAGCAUGAGAGUUCUGCAGGUCAAAAUGGCGACAUUAGGUCUCCAAAGAGACCUUGCACAGAGUAUAGGAGUGUUUUAGUAGAUCGGAAUUCCUUUACGUCACCAGUAAAAGAUCGUUUGCUGGCCCUCACUAACCUCAAGUCAAAGCUGCCACCACCAGCACUGCAAUCUGCAUUUGCCAGUCCAACCCGUCCAAGUCCUGGAAGAGGAGGUGAAACAUGCGCCGAAACAGCGAUCAACAUAUUUUUCAGCAAGAUCAAUAAGCUGGCUGCUGUCAGAAUCAAUGGCAUGAUUGAAAGGCUACAACAAUCGCAACAGCACAUAAGAGAGGAUGUGUACCGUCUAUUUCAGCAAGUACUCAUUCAACGGACAUCUCUCUUCUUUAAUCGCCACAUUGACCAAAUCCUCCUUUGUUGUCUCUAUGGAAUUGCUAAGAUAUCAAAAGUAGAGUUGACUUUUAGGGAAAUAAUUUACAACUAUAAGAAGCAGCCACAGUGUAAGCAACAUGUAUUUCGCAGUGUAUUCAUUGACAAGCCAACAGCACGCCACAAUGGAAAGACGGUGCGGGAUCAUGUAGAUGUAAUUACAUUUUACAAUGAAUUUUUCGUCCCAGUUGCCAAACCUCUGUUCUCAGAAAUUAGUUCAGCUGGAACAAGUACAAAAGCUGAUCAAGAGACCGAGGUUAACGGUAAAAAAGAUGGUCAAUGCCCAUCGCCUAAAGUAUGUCCAUUUCCAAGUCUCCCUGAUAUGUCCCCAAAGAAAAUAUCAGCAGUUCAUAAUGUCUACGUCUCUCCACUACGAACAUCGAAGAUGGAUGCUUUGAUUUCACAUACUUCCAAAAGCUUCUAUGCUUGCGUCGGGGAGAGCACUCACGCUUAUCAGAGCCCAUCCAAAGACCUGGCUGCCAUCAACAACAAAUUGAAUGGCAACCGGAAGGCGAAAAUGUCACUUGCAUUUGAUGGUGCUGAUGUUGGACUGGUGAGUGAUUCCAUAGUGGCUAACAGCUUCAACCUUCAGAAUGGAAACCAUGCAACAUCAACGGGCGGUCCUUUGAAAGCCGAGCAACCCGAGUCUUGAACUCGGUUUGACCUCCUGCACAUGGGGCUAUCUGCUGUAAAUCCACUAGUUUGUCCAGCCGGGUGCUUGUGCUAGUUUUUCGGUAUACUUAACUACGACAACUGUAGUAAGGUUGGGGGAAGAUGAGGUAUGAGCGGUUGAGUUUAUUGUUGUAGAGUGGCCGCCACCAUCUUCUCCAAGUGUGUUCAUCUUCACUGCUAGGUAGAUAUGAACUUUUGGGGUGUUCUAACACUAGUUUUGCUUUAAUAAAAACUAUACGUUAAGCGCUCAGAAUAGGAACAUGCUGUUUGUAAUGUACGUUUCUGGUGUUUGC